AUGUGGCAACUGUCCUACCCCGUUGAUCCGAAUUUUCUCCGUUUCGGUCAGUCGGCUGACAUCGACAUUUUGCUCGACGGAUCGGAAAAUCGUCAGCAGGCGGAAAUCAAAACAGAGGAUGGCAAGAAGGACAAGCACCUGCUGUACUACGAUGGCGAAACGGUGGGCGGAAAGGUGAACAUAACGUUGAAAAAGCCGGGCAGCAAACUGGAACACCAGGGUAUCAAAAUCGAGCUUAUCGGUCAAAUUGAAUUGUAUUACGAUCGCGGCAAUCAUCACGACUUCCUGAGCCUCGUGCGAGAAUUGGCCCGGCCGGGCGAUCUCAUCCAGAACACGUCAUAUCCGUUCGAGUUUGCGAACGUCGAGAAACCGUACGAGGUGUACGUCGGAUCGAAUGUCCGAUUACGAUAUUUCCUGCGGGUUACAAUUGUUCGUCGCCUGAGUGAUAUCGUGCGGGAAGUGGAUAUUGCAGUGCAUACGCUCUCGAGCUAUCCGGACACGAACAGUCCGAUUAAGAUGGAGGUCGGCAUCGAGGACUGCUUGCACAUCGAGUUUGAGUACAACAAGAGCAAGUACCACUUAAAGGAUGUGAUUGUGGGCAAAAUUUAUUUCCUACUGGUGCGCAUCAAGAUCAAACACAUGGAAAUAGCGAUCAUCAAACGGGAACAGACCGGUUCGGGACCUAACAUGUACACCGAGAACGAAAUUAUCGCCAAGUACGAAAUCAUGGACGGUUCACCGGUGAAGGGUGAAAGCAUACCGAUACGCGUGUUUCUCGCCGGUUACGAUCUCACCGUAACGAUGCGCGAGAUUAACAAGAAGUUUUCGGUGCGCUACUUCCUGAAUCUGGUGCUAAUUGACACCGAGGAUCGGCGGUACUUCAAACAGCAAGAAAUCACGCUCUGGCGCAAGGCGGAGAAGACGCGCAAAUCAUUAACACCGUCGCAAGCAGCUGCGAUUGCGGCAGCGCAGGGUGGUGCCGCCGGUGCCGGAUUGAUGCCGGGGCAGCUGACAGCGGUGACCGGUUCGAGCAAUAAUCCGCACAUACCUCAUCAUCUGGUUGGGCAGGGUACGACGAGUUCGCUCGGCACGAAGGAACUACCGUCCAGUACGGCUGGUCCGGCGGGUGUUGGUGGAACCGGUUUGCUUGGGGAUGGUAGUGCGGAUGAGGAUAGUACCGGCAUGAAGCGAUCAGACGAUUCCAAUCCAAUUAUGGGACUGUUUACGGAAGACAAUUCACAAGCUGAUCUACGACCUAAGCCGGCAGUGCGACAACGCAGCGACGAUGCAAACGAAACAGCUGGAGAAAAUAAUUCCCGGUCGGUAAAUAGCAAUUUGAAGCCCGGCGAGAUGCCUCUGCAUGUCGAACCGGACGAAGAUUCGCUAACGACCCAGCAGCAGCAACAGUCGCAGCAAACACAACAGACCCAGCCAGGGUUGCAGCAACAGCACCUUCACCGGGAGGCCGGUGACGGUGCCGCCUCAAUAUCGCAAACGACUGACGAAGAAACAUCCUCCCUAUUCGAUGCGAACGAUUUGAGCUUCAAUGCGGCCAGUAGCACCAAUCCGACAGUAGCGGCCGCCACAUCAACGAUCGUUAGCGAUCCAACAUCGUCGCCUACGGUUGGUAGCACGAUAACGAAACCGCUGCUUUCGGAGGAACCGCCGGCUGACGAUGAGAUGAUACUGCCCGCUAGUAGCAGGGUCGUUGAAGAGCCAGAAAAUGAUUCUCUGCCACCGGAAGUGACGAGUACGGAGAUGAAUGAUGCAAGCAGCACUACUACGAGCCCAUUGCCGGCAGCAGUGUCGGCGGCGACGGCCGUAACGAGCUCUGUCUCAACGCCACCACCACUGGCGGCAAAACCGGUAAAACCUCGGAAGCCUGUGCUCGAGUAA